CCGUAAAACUCAUGGGCCGUCGACUUUAGCUUAGAAGUUAGACCCCAAACCCCGUGAACCGUUCCCCACGUAAAACGCCUUCUGCAUAAAUCUGCGGUUCAGCUCUGCGAAGAAAGAAACCCUAGAAGUUGAGGACGCUAGAGGAUGACGCAGAAGGACAAUCUGUUCAAAGGCAAACAGAAGAAGAAAUCUAUACCUCCUAACCGCCAUGGCAAGCUUCCCCAAAGUCGCAAAGGUAAGAGAUUGGUGAAGCCUUCGAAGGCGACAAAGGAGAUGGAUACGGAUCGUGAGGUGAGCAAGUUCAUAAAUUACUGCAAUGAGUCGAAAGCUGCUGCUGCUGCCGUGAAGGAGGGGGGCCAACUAAAUAUUAUAAAGCCAACACAGUGAAUAACCAGAAUGCAUGUAAUGUGAUCUCAUGACUGGAUGCUGUGAGAUGAAGCAUGUAAAUGUGUAAUGUUGGGAAUGGUAUGUGAAUGACCUUCAUACGAAACUGUGGUUUAGGUUUUUCUCUCCUACCUUCAGUUUUUUUAUUUUUUACGAGAUUGUUUUUAGCUAGCAGGUUACUUGUAGACACUUGUAGCAUGUUUGAUAGUAUGGAGGGUCUAGUUUUGGGACUAUGAUUGAAAUUAUGCAAGUUUGUAUUUGCUUUAAUUUACCAAACUUUUUAGAGGGAUAUACUCUACUUCGAGAUUUUUUUUUGGCC